CGCGGUUUUUUUUUUUUGCCUUUGAAUUAAAAGUUUGUGUUUGGACUGUUCGGUCACUCUUUUGCAUCGCUUUCUGAGGCUGCGGGCGUCUGAACUACAAAUAAACGGGAGUAAUAUCGGCGUCGCUCUAACGCGGAGUCAACCCGCCGGUCUCCUCAGAGGAGAGGCUGUGCCGAGUGAUCCCGCAGCUGGCGCAGCACCUCUGGAGGUGACGCACACGCCGCGGAAGAGAAGGAGCGCCGACACACGCGGGGGAGAAGACGCCGACAUGCAGCGACAAUAACAAGAGGACGGGGGAGAUCUUCAUGGUGAACAAUGGACCAGCAAUCAGCUGCAAAGAAAACAAGCAUGGCGUGGCUGCUGGUUCCCGCCGUCCUCCUCUUUGGAUGCCGACACGGCGCCUGUCAGUCGUCCCAGGAGGCUCAGAAGGAGGCGGCCGCCGACGACAGCACGGUGUACACCAGGAUCCUGGACGGGCUUCUCGACGGUUACGACAACAGGCUGCGACCCGGGCUAGGAGAGAACGUGACGGAGAUAUGGACGAACAUUUUAGUCACAAGCUUCGGCCCGGUAUCUGACACGGAAAUGGAAUACACCAUUGAUGUGUCCUUCCAUCAGAGCUGGAAGGAUGAGCGCCUGCGCUUCAAAGGGCCGAUGGCGAUCUUACGCCUGAACAACCUGCUGGCCAGCAACAUUUGGACACCGGACACGUUCUUCCUCAAUGGCAAGAAGUCCAUCGCUCACAACAUGACCACACCUAACAAGCUGCUGAGGCUUACAAAAGACGGAACUCUGAUUUACACUAUGAGAUUGACGAUAUUGGCCGAGUGCCCCAUGCAACUGAAGGAUUUCCCCAUGGAUGACCACCUCUGUCCCCUCAAGUUUGGAAGCUAUGCAUAUCCGGUAUCCGAGGUGGUUUACACAUGGACUCCACCUGCUUACACGUCCGUAGUGGUGGCAGAGGACGGUUCGAGACUCAACCAGUACUCCCUGAUGUCACAGACAGUCGGCACAAUGGACAUACACACAAGCCGAGGUCAGUAUAGAGUGAUGACGGUCCACUUCUACGUGAAAAGGAAUUUUGGAUAUCUUGUCAUCCAGACAUAUAUUCCAUGUUUCAUGACAGUAAUCCUGUCCCAGGUGUCAUUUUGGCUGAAUAGAGACUCUGUUUCUGCACGGACUGUGUUUGGGGUGACCACGGUGCUGACUAUGACCAUCGUCAUCAGUGCCAGAAACUCCAUCCCUAAAGUGGCCUACGCGACGGCGAUGGACUGGUUUAUUGCCGUGUGUUACGCUUUCGUCUUUUCGGCCCUGAUCGAGUUUGCUAUCGUGAACUACUUCACCAAGAGGAGCUGGGCGUGCGACGGCAAGAAAGCUUUGGAAGCGCAGCACCCAAAGGAGCGAGACCCGGCCGAGGACGCCUCCAUCGCCACCAUCUCCGACACCACAGCGGUGCAGCUCCCCGCCACCGACACCAAGGCGGCGGACCUGAAGAAGACCUUCAACAGUGUCAGUAAGAUCGACAAAAUGGCCCGGAUACUUUUCCCCGUUCUUUUCGGGACCUUCAACCUGGUGUACUGGGCCACGUAUCUGAACAAGAAACCGGUGGUUAACAGAAACUAACCCCCUUUUUUUGAACCUUGUCUUUUUUUGAGACGGAGGAAGUCAAUCGACUUUGGGAAGCCGCCUGUCCUAUUUUCAUUUUUCUUGGUCUUCGUUUGCCUAAAUGGCCUGCUUGAUGGCAUUGUGACUUUGAACGCUGCUUCUUCUUCUUCUUCUCCUUCAUUCACCCUGCUGCAGUUGGCAUGAUACACUCGGCACUGUAUCAAAAACCGACAUCCAAUCUCUAAAGGAUAUCACCACAUGGGCUCAGGAACACUUUGGAAAACCACUAUCACUAAAUACAGUUUGUCGCUACAUCUGUAAGUGCAAGUUAAAGCUCUACUAUGCGAAGCGAAAGCCAUUUAUCAACAACAUCCAGAAAUGUCGCCGGCUUCUCUGGGCCCGAGAUCAUCUAAGAUGGACUGAUGCAAAGUGGAAAAGUGUUCUGUGGUCUGACGAGUCCACAUUUCAAAUUGUUUUUUGGAGAUAUUCCACAUCGUGUCAUCCGGACCAAAGGGGAAAACGAACCAUCCAGACUGUUAUCCACAUAGCAGCCGGGAAAACCACGUACAUGUAGAUGCAUACAGUACAUAUGUAUGUGUGUGCACUCCGUUACUAACAAUCCACUUCCCUUUCCGGAGCCAUUUUUUGGAAGUAGGCCAUGAGCUGAUUGCCUGAGACGCUCUGCGCUUACAAGACUGGAAGAACUGCCAUAUUUCCAUGCAUUUGUUUAACAAGGUAUUUUCUUCCGGUGGAAACUCUUGAGCCUUUAGUGCAUUGAUCAACUACUUGCAGCGUUUUUUUGUUGUGUUUUUAAAGUGAAUUCUCUUCUCCUCUCGGAGGGGAGUGAGUGUUUGUGCAAUUUAAGGCGAACAUUUAAGGCCUUGCACUGCAAGUCGAGUUCCCCCAAAAUAGAAUCGAAUACGUUGUGCGAUUCAGAAUCGAUUCUUAUUCUUUUUAAAUCGAUUUUUAAAAAAAAAAAUAUAUAUAUUUUUUUAUCAAUCCAACAAACCACUUCACAGCAAUACCAUAACAAUGCAAUCCAAUUCCAAAACCAAACCUGACCCAGCAGCACUCAGAACUGCAAUAAACAGAGCAAUUGAGAGGAGACACAAGUAGUGAAACAAAAAUUAAUAUUAUCAACGACAGUAUCAAUAUUAGUUAUAAUUUCAGCAUAGCAGUUAUCAAAAAUCCCUCAUUGACAUUAUCAUUAGACAUUUAUAAAAAAAUAAAAAAAACAAUAGUGUCACAGUGGCUUACACUUGCAUCGCAUCUCAUAAGCUUGACAACACACUGUGUCCAAUGUUUUCACAAAGAUAAAAUAAGUCAUAUUUUUGGUUCGUUUAAUAGUUAAAACUAAUUUACAUUUUUGCAAUCAGUUGAUAAAACAUUGUCUUUUACAAUUAUAAAAGCUUUUAAAAAAAAUCUACUACUCUGCUAGCAUGUCAGCAGACUGGGGUAGAUCCUGCUUAAAUCCUAUGUAUUGAAUGAAUACAGAAUCGUUUUGAAUCGGAAAAAUAUUGUUUUUGAAACGAGAAUCGGAUCGAAUCAAAAAACUCGAUAUAUUAUCGAACCGUGACCCAAGAAUCGAUAUUGAAUCGAAUCGUGGGACACCCAAAGUUUAGCAGCCCUAAUAUAUAUAUAUAUAUAUAUAUAUAUAUAUAUAUAUAUAUAUAUAUAUAUAUAUAUAAAUGAUUUUUUAUAUAACCCUAAAUUACUAGUGUCUCAAAGGGCUGCACAAACCACAACACAAACCACUACGACAUCCUCGGUAGGCCCACAUAAGGGCAAGGAAAACUCACACCCAGUGGGACGUCGGUGACAAUAAUGACUAUGAGAAACCUUGGAGAGGACCCGGCAUAUGUGGGCAACCCCCACUUCUAGGGGACCGAAAGCAAUGGAUGUCGAGCGGGUCUAACAUGAUACUGUGAAAGUUCGAUCCAUAAUGGAUCCAACACAGCCGCGACAGUCCAGUCCAAAGUGGAUCCAACACAGCAGCGAAAGUUCCGUCCACAGCGGAGCCAACAGGAAACCAUCCCAGGCGGAGGCGGAUAAGCAGCGCAGAGAUGUCCCCAGCCAACACACUGGCAAGCGGUCCAUCCUGGGUCCCGACACUGGACGAGCGGUCCAACCUGGGUCCCGACUCUGGACAGCCAGUACUUCAUCCAUAGCCAUCGGACCGGACCCCCUCCACAAGGGAGAGUGGGACAUAAGAGAAAAAGAAAAGAAACGGCAGAUCAACUGGUCUAAAAAAACAGGGGGUCUAUUCAAAGGCUAGAGUAUACAAAUGAGUCUUAAGGUGAGACUUAAAUGCUUCUACUGAGGUAGCAUCUCGAACUGUUACCGGGAGGGCAUUCCAGAGUACUGGACCCCGGAAUGGAAAACGCUCUAUAGCCCGCAGACUUUUUUGGGGCUUUGGGAAUCACUAAUAAGCCGGAGUCCUUUGAACGCAGAUUUCUUGCCGGGACAUAUGGUACAAUACAAUCGGCAAGAUAGGAUGGAGCUAGACCGUGUAGUAUUUUAUACGUAAGUAGUAAAACCUUAAAGUCACAUCUUAAGUGCACAGGAAGCCAGUGCAGGUGAGCCAGUACAGGCGUAAUGUGAUCAAACUUUCUUGUUCUUGUCAAAAGUCUACCAGCCGCAUUUUGUACCAACUGUAAUCUUUUAAUGCUAGACAUGGGGAGACCCGAAAAUAAUACGUUACAGUAAUCGAGACGAGACGUAACAAACGCAUGGAUAAUGAUCUCGGCGUCUUUAGUGGACAGAAUGGAGCGAAUUUUAGCGAUAUUACGGAGAUGAAAGAAGGCCGUUUUAGUAACGCUUUUAAUGUGUGACUCAAAGGAGAGAGUUGGGUCGAAGAUAAUACCCAGAUUCUUUACCGAGUCGCCUUGUUUAAUUAUUUGGUUGUCAAAUGUCAAAGUUGUAUUAUUAAAUAGAGGUCAGUGUCUCGCAGGACCGAUAAUCAGCAUUUCCGUUUUUUUGGCGUUAAGUUGCAAAAAGUUAGCGGACAUCCAUUGUUUAAUUUCAUUAAGACACGCCUCCAGCUGACUACAAUCCGGCGUGUUGGUCAGCUUUAGGGGCAUGUAGAGUUGGGUGUCAUCAGCAUAACAGUGAAAGCUAACACUGUAUUUGCGUAUGAUGUCACCUAGCGGCAGCAUGUAGAUGCUGAAGAGUGCAGGGCCAAGGACCGAACCCUGGGGAACUCCACACGUUACCUUAACAUAGUCCGAGGUCACAUUGUUAUGGGAGACGCACUGCACCCUGUCAGUAAGAUAAGAGUUAAACCAAGACAGGGCUAAUCUGACAUACCAAUUUGUGUUUUGAUACGUUCUAAUAAAAUAUUAUGAUCGACGGUAUCGAAAGCAGCGCUAAGAUCGAGGAGCAGCAACAUAGAUGACGCUUUAGAAUCCAUCGUUAGCAAUAGAUCAUUAGUCAUUUUUGCGAGGGCUGUCUCCGUGGAGUGAUUUGCCCUGAAACCGGAUUGAAAGGUUUCACAUAGAUUGUUAGACGCUAAGUGUUCAUUUAGCUGCUCUGCAACAAUUUUUUAGAGGAUUUUUGAAAUAAAGGGAAGGUGAGACACCGGUCGGUAGUUUACCAUGAAGUCAGGAUCGAGGUUAGGUCUUUUAAGGAGAGGAUGAGUAAUCGUUUUUUUGAAUGCUUGGAGAACAGUGCCAGAGGAAAAUGAUAAGUUUAUAAUAUUUAGCACUGAUGGACCUAAUAAUACAAAAAGCUCCUUGAUAAGUUUCCCAGGAAGUGGGUCAAGUAAACAUGUUGUCUGUUUUAUUCCAUUUACACGUUGUAACAAUUCUUCUAAUGUUAUUUCAUCAAAACGAGAGAAACUAUUUUGGAUAUUUGCAUUAUCCGCCGUAUAUACAGUCGUAUCUGUGUUAAUAGAACCCAGUUGUAGCUGGGACGCAUUGUCUUUAAUAUCCUUUCUAAUGACUUCAAUUGUGUUAUUAAAGAAUUUUAUAAAGUCAUCUGCUGAGUGGGUGGAGCUACUGGAAGGGGUCCCUUGUUGGGUUAGCGAUGCUACCGUACUAAACCAAAAUUUAGGAUCGUUUUUAUUAAGGUGGAUGAGAUCUUGAGUAAUAUUUAGCUUUAGCUAAGGUAAGCAUGCGUUUAUAAGUUAUUAAACUAUCACUCCAUGCUUGAUGGUGCACCUCAAGAUUGGUCGUGCACCAUUUGCGUUCCAGCUUUCUACAUUAUAAUUUCGAACUCUAGUUUCUUCUGUUAACCAUGGCGUACGCCUUUUUGAAGCCUUUUUUAACUUUAGCGGUGCUAUGUUAUCAAUGGUUUCGCGCAGGGCGUCGUUAAAGUUGUUAGUGAGGUUAUCAAUAGAGCCCACAUACUUUGGGAAUGGUGCCAUUACCGAGGGCAGUAGGUCAGCAAGAGUUGUCGUUGUGGCCGUAUUAAUGUUGCGGCUGCUAUAGCAGUUAUUAUUAUUAGUUUGAGUUCGAAUUUCAUCAGUCUGAACUUCGAAUUUUAUAAGGUAAUGAUCGGACAUUACUUUAGUAUACGAGAGUAUCAUAACUUUGGAAACGAUGAUACCUCUGACAAGCACUAGGUCUAUCGUAUUACCGCUGCGAUGCGUCGAUUCAUUUAUUAUUUGUGUAAGACCACAGCUAUCAAUUAUAGUCUGGUGCACCACGCAUGGUGGGUCCGAUGGGGUAUUCAUAUGGAUAUUAAAGUCCGCCAUUAUAAGUAUAUUAUGGGCGUGCGUCACUAGAUCAGCAACAAACUCUGAGAAUUCACUGAUAAAGUCCGAAUAGGGCCCUGGGGGGCGAUAGAUAACAGACAGGCAUAGAGCAUAGAGGCAGCGGUGUGGUAGACCUCAUAGAAAGCACCUCAAACGAUUUAUAUUUAUUAUUUAAGUUAGAACUAAAGUUAAAGUUUUCGUUCUAUAUUAGUGCAACCACUCACCCCUUUUAAGGGGACGGGCAAUAUGCGCAUUCGUAUAGUUAGGAGGAGAUGCCUCAUUUAUCGCAAAAAAGUCGUCUGGCUUAAGCCAGGUUUCGCUGAGACCGAUGAUGGUCUCGUGCGUAUAUACA